AGCAGAUCCCUCCCUCCCAGCCGGGCGGGGCGGCGGGGCAGCCGGGGCCUGUGCUGGGGACUGCCGGCCGGCGCCUGGGACCCGAGGGGACUCUCGGGCCGGGACAGCAUGUGACACUGCCCAGGAUUCAGCUCUGAUGGAGGCUGAGGAGCCCCAACAUGGAGCCCCGACUUCCAUUCCUGCUGAAGCAGAAUUCAGUGUUACCUUGGCAGCUCCCAUGAGAAGCAGCCAGCUCCCUGCCUUGGAUCCUGAAGCUGAGGAGGGCAAGGACCCAUCCUAUAAGUGGGCAGGGGGACACCCACUCUUGGAGACCCAACAGAGAGAUGUGAAUGACUAUGCAAAUGAGAGCAUGACCUCCUUCCCCAGUGAAGCCUCUGCAGACAUGGAGACUGACCAGGAAACCCUGAUGGCUGAGCCCCGGGACACUCCAGAGCACAAGGAGGCAGUGCCCCAGAGCCUGGCAGACAGACAGGCAAGGGUGCCAGCUCCCCCAGAGCUCCAGACUGGCCCCAACCAGGGUGAAUACCUAGACAGGGCCUCAAUGUCCAGUGAACUGGGCAGAGGAAUGGAGGUAGAAUUUAGACCAGAACUCACUUCUUUGAUACUGGAAACUGGACCAACAGAAGAGAAGGAGGAAACUUGCCCAGAUACCUCUGCUCAGACCAGAUUUGGUCCUUCCUGUGAAGACAACCCCACAGAGACCAGCCAGCAGCAGGACUUGGGAAGUGGAACCAUCAGGCAGGAAGGUCCAAGGAGAGAAGGGCCCCUGUGUCUCCAGAAGGCCGAGGGGCUUGGGGAACAGGGACCAGAGAAAGAGGGACUUCAAGGGGAAGGAACUCUGAGGGAGGGUGUCUGCUCUGCUGGGCUUUUAGGGGAGCUGGAGCAGAUGGGAAAGAAGGUCAAUCGUGCAGACAGAGAACAGAGACAAAUAGAGGAGCAGAUUCAAGAAGAUGUGAUGUUUGCAAAACAAGGAGAGAGAGCGGGACCUAACAGGGAAUUGGGAGAUCUGAGUCAUGGUGAGUGGGAGUGGUGGACUCAGGGCCACGGGGCUAUGGAACAAGGGGAACAGAAGGGGUGGGAGUUGUCAGAGCCAGAAGCAAGUAUCAGGGACGCUCAGGACGAGGAGACUCAAAGCUUAGCAGGGAAACCAGUGAAAGAAACUGGAAAGGAAGAUCAGGGUCUACAGGGGAAAGUAAUAGAGGAGCAGAAGGAAGAGGUAGGGUCCAGCGAGGAGGAACCAGGGAGUUGGGAUGUGGACACCCUGGAGGGAGCAGAAGAGAGGAGUACAGAAGGAGAAGGGGAGCAUGGUGGUCCUUCCACACUGGUGCUGGGAGCCCCUGGGGUCUCUUCUCCCAUGAUCACAAUCCCUAAGGUGCAGACAGAGCCUAGAACUGAGGAACUGCCCCUCAAAGCUCUGACUUCUGCACUGGAGCCUACAGGAUUGUCCCACCAGCCCAUUUCUUUACCGAGUUCCUCUCCUGAUGGGGAGUCAUCUGACCAGCAAGAGGGAUCUGAGCUGGGGAAGGGGACAGCAUCCAGCCAGGAGACUGAGGUGGUCUCUGCCAGUACACUAGUGACCCCACCAAGGACACCAGAUUCAGCCCCUUCCAGCCCUUCCGAAGUCUCCCCCGGCACAAUUGGCUCACCAUCUGGCAGCCCCCAAGUCACCUUUCCCAGUACAGAACCCUCUGAUACUGCGUGUUCUCGAGAAAACUCCAGAGCCCCUGGACUGACCAGCAGCCCAUCUCCCUGUGGGACUUCUGAGGAUCCACCGGCUGCCUUUCCCAGCUUCCCCUCAGCAGGCCAGGCCAGCUCUCUGGGUCUGCUAGCUGGCUGUGCUGGGCCAGUCCAGCACCUGAGGAGCAACUCCUUUCCUGGUUCUCAUGGGACAGAACCAACUCCGGACCUGGCAGGAAGAUCGCUUUCCUUUUCCCACUCUGAGUUGCCCCAGAGGCCACCCAAACCUGCCAUCUAUGGCUCUGUGAUCCCAAGGAGGGGCAGGAAAAAUGGAAGAGACAAUGGCAUCAUUCCAGAAUCCUCCAGUUCAUUACCCAUUCUGGGCCAGGAUGCUCAAGAAUUCACCACCAAGCCAGAAAGCCCUGGCAGCCCCCAUGGCAGUCAGCAGUGGGCAUCCCCACAUCACUCACCCUUUGCCCCAGUGUCCCCUGCCUGUGGCUCUUCCCUACCUUUCAUCUCUGUAGAUGCCAGGGUCCAUGAACCUUUGCCCAUGCCUCCCCCAGAGAAGAGGCAUGUCCACCCCUCUGUGGUGGAAAGAGAUGACCAUCUCCAUGCUGUGGUCCCCAUGCUGAAGCAGGGGGGCCAUCCUCCUCCACUGGCCCUAGGGUCAGGGCUACAUGGACCCCCCAGAGGCCCACUCCCCCAAGUUCCUGACCCCCUUGUGGCAAGGCAGCACCGACCACUGCCCUCCACCCCAGACCCUCUUCACCAUACUCAGACCUUGUUUACUCCCAGGCAGAGAUACAACAAGCCAUUACCCCCAACUCCUGACUCGCCCCACCCCCACCAUCCUCCGGUUUCUUCUCCCAGCAGCUCAAGGAUCUACAAGCCUCUACCCCCUGUCCCUGUCAUGGAUCCUCCUACUGAACCACCCCCAUUACCCCCAAAGUCUAGGGGGAGGAGCAGGAGCACUCAGGGAGGACUUGUGCAUUCAGGGGAUCAAGCCAAGACAAGGCCUGUUUGUCAAGAGUGGACAGUCUCCACUCCCCAUUCUGCAGGACGCACCUCCUGGCCUCCAGCCAUGGGCAGAUCAACAGACUCUUUGGUUUCCACCAGUAGGAGUAAGAGUGAAGUGCCCCCUGGCAUGGCUUUCAGCAACAUGACCACCCUUCUAAGUCCCUCUUCCACAACCACCUCCUGGUCUCUGGAGGGCCAGGGACCAACUUCUGAACCAGGAUUCUCAGAAGAGUCUGAAGUCCCUGUCAGAGGACCUCUGAGAAGAACAGCCCCUCAGGAAGGAGCCAAUGGCCUGAGGAGGUUGGAUCUGGGCCAAGCAAGGCAGCCAGAAAAACCCAGCCAUCCCCAACUGGAAAAGUCAUCCAGCUGGCCCCACAGACGUGAACCAGGGAGACCACCAGAGGGCAGCAGUGGGAGAGAUGCCAUCCACAGUGAUGGGUCAAAUAAGCACAAGGACUGGCACCGGCAAGGCCUGCGCAGACCUUCUAUCCUACCUGAGGGCCCUUCAGACACAAGAGGCCCAGUCAUGGAAAAAACCCCUGGCCUUUCAGACAGCAUUGUUUUUAGGGAGAAAAAGCCGAAGGAGGUGAUGGGAGGCUUUUCAAGACGCUGCUCCAAGCUCAUCAACUCCUCUCAGCUGCUUUACCAGGAAUACAGUGAUGUGUUUUUGAACAAAGAAAUUCAGAGCCAGCAGCGGCUGGACAGCCUGACAGAGGCUCCAGGACCCGCCUCCCCCCGGCAGCCCCGGAAGGCCCUGGUCUCCUCAGAGUCUUAUCUACAGCGCCUCUCCAUGGCCUCCAGCGGUUCCCUUUGGCAGGAGAUUCCCGUAGUACGCAACAGCACUGUCCUGCUCUCUAUGACCCAUGAAGACCAAAAACUCCAGGAGGCAAAAUUUGAGCUGAUUGUGUCAGAGGCCUCAUACCUGCGCAGUCUACAUAUAGCUGUGGAUCAUUUCCAACAUUCUGAGCAGCUGCGGGCCACACUUUCCAACCAGGAUCACCAGUGGCUCUUCUCUCGUUUACAGGAUGUGCGUGAUGUCAGCACCACGUUCCUUUCAGACCUGGAGGAGAACUUUGAGAACAACAUCUUCACCUUCCAAGUGUGCGAUGUGGUCCUGAACCAUGCCCCCCACUUCCGCCGGGUCUACCUGCCUUAUGUCACCAACCAGACCUACCAGGAACGCACCUUCCAAACCCUGCUGAAUAACAACAGCAGUUUCCGAGAGGUCUUGGAGAAGCUGGAGAGUGACCCCAUCUGCCAACGCCUUUCCCUCAAGUCCUUCCUGAUUCUGCCCUUCCAGCGUAUCACCCGUCUCAAACUACUGCUGCAGAACAUUCUAAAGAGAACACAGCCCGGGUCCUCAGAGGAAGCAGAGGCCACGAAGGCACACCACGCCUUGGAGGAGCUGAUCCGAGACUGCAAUAACAAUGUCCAGAGAAUGCGGUGGACAGAGGAGCUCAUCUACCUGAGCCAGAAGAUUGAGUUUGAGUGCAAAAUAUUUCCACUCAUUUCACAGUCACGCUGGCUGGUGAAGAGUGGAGAGCUGAUGGCCCUGGAGUUCAGCAUCUCCCCAGGGCUGCGGAGGAAACUGAACACGCGGCCAGUCCACCUGCAUCUCUUCAAUGACUGUCUGUUGCUGUCUCGGCCCCGAGAGGGAAGCCGAUUCCUGGUAUUUGACCAUGCUCCCUUCUCCUCUGUUCGAGGGGAGAAGUGUGAAAUGAAGCUACACGGACCUCACAAAAACCUCUUCCGGCUCUUCCUGAGGCAAAAUGCACAGGGCACCCAGGCCGAAUUCCUCUUCCGCACUGAGACUCAAAGUGAAAAGCUUCGAUGGAUCUCAGCCUUGUCCAUGCCAAGGGAGGAGUUGGACCUUCUGGAGUGUUACGACUCCCCACAAGUUCAGUGCCUUCGAGCCUACAAACCCCGAGAGAAUGAUGAGUUGGCGCUAGAGAAGGCGGACGUGGUGAUGGUGACCCAGCAAAGCAGUGAUGGCUGGCUGGAAGGUGUGAGACUUUCAGAUGGGGAGCAAGGCUGGUUCCCCCUCCAGCAAGUGGAGUUCAUUUCCAACCCAGAUGUCCGUGCACGGAACCUGAAGGAAGCCCACCGAGUCAAGACUGCCAAACUACAGCUGGUGGAACAGCAGACCUAGCUUCUUUCCGGGAGGAAUCCCCUGAGAUUAAAGGCAAGAUGUCCCUGGACAGGUCUGACCCCGGAACCCGGCAACAGAGGCCUUCUGUGGACCAAGAACUAGACCUUCAGAAGUCCAAGGACAACAUUGGGAGCAACCAGUUGCUAGUUCCAGGCCUCCUUUUUUUGUUCUUUGUGCUUGGUGGGGGGAUUUUGGCGGGACUUUGCACUGGACUCUGGGAACAUUUUCACAUAGGAGAAGGGGUCACUGAGGCUUCAGCCAGGAAACUUGACUUCUACCUGUAGUAACUUAAAAGUUUUCUUCCGGAGUUCAGAUUUGGAGCUGACCAGAAGCUGCCAUAUCUUAACCAGAAUCGGACCUCAGUCCACUGGAGGGAGCUGUUUAAGGGAGAUUGACACAACAGAUGGGAGGGUAAACAUGGUGACCUUCAAGGUAUCUUCCAGCUCUGGAAAUAUUCCAUAAUUGUGGGCAUGAAGUCAGUGCCCGCAUCUCUGAGAUCUGUGUCUAUUGUGGCUAUGUGAGGGUAAUACCCUCACACUAAUAAACUUGGCACUUGGCACUUC